CUCUUCCCUCCGUGCGGUUAUCAAGGAGAGAGGUGAGGAUCCCGCCGCAGCCGGUUUGCCCUCCAAACUCCACCCUGAGCAGCAGGAGAAGAAAAGGAGACGGGGAGAAGGACAAGUGAGGAGUGUUUGGUUUGACACACUCAGAGACACAAGGACAGACACAAGCAUGCCUCUGUGGGGAGGCGUAGCCAUCGGCGGCCAGGCGGCCUCGCCUGUGUGAGGGGAGCGGGACUGGAUUGCUGUUGGGAAUACGGAACAAGGAAAAGAAGAAGAACAAGAAGAAGAAGAAGAAACAAGGCAGACAGCCGGCUAUCUCGUGCCAUGACAGUGAACAGGAGGAAGGAGGCGACUCGCUGAAAUCAUGGACCAGGGUAAGGGGCGGAGGGAUGGUCUCUCCUCAGCCGGUGACAACCCUCGGCCAGCGAUGGCGACCCGGCCGGGAAGGGAGGGGGUCGGCGUGGGCUGGAAGGGUCCCCGGACGCUGGUCCUCCAUAAGAACUCCUCUGGUUUUGGCUUCACGCUCCGCCACUUCAUCGUCUACCCUCCAGAGUCGGCCCUGCACACCAACCAGAAGGAUGAGGAGAACGGUAACGGAAAGGGGUAUCAGAAAGGCCGAUUGGAGCCAAUGGACACCAUAUUUGUGAAGAGCGUGAGGGAAAAGGGGCCGGCCCAUCAGGCGGGCUUGUGCACAGGGGAUCGACUGGUGAAAGUGAACGGAGAGAGUGUUCUGGGAAAGACGUACUCGCAGGUGAUCGCCCUGAUUCAGAACAGUGAAAGUGUGUUGGAGCUCUCCAUUAUGCCAAAGGAUGAAGACGUGCUUCAGUUGGUAAGUGCAUACUCCCAGGAUGCCUACCUGACAGGCAACGAACCCUACACAGGGGGAGCCGAGUACCUCCCACCGCCGCCUCCCCUCUGUUACCCACACACCAAGGCCACGACCCCUGCUGGAGCGCCGGCAUCUGGCUCCAUGGGCCAGAACCAGCUGGAUAACUGGAGUCGCUGGCCAGGCUCUUCCAGCCCCUCUUCGCCCCUGGACAACCGCUCCGUUGUCGGGAGCCCCGCCAGCUGGCAGGAAGGACGGGCAGGAGAGCCGGGCGGUGUGGGUCACAGCAGCCCGGCCCACCGCACGGAGGAGAUCCAGUACGGUAUAACCAGCCAGCAACCUCAAGGCCAGACCAGGGGGCGCUCCUUCUCCUCCUCUUCCUCAUCGGGAGGUCCUUUAUCCAGCCCGCUGCAAGUCCACUACUCAAACCACCACGCUGCCACUUCCUCUCAGGCUCAGACACGCAAGUCCAGCUCCGCCUGGACCAGUCCCCCCCUGCCCCCCCUCAGCCAUGGUCGCACCGGGCGCUGCCAGCAGGCUCUCACCGACUGGUACAACAACCAGGUGCCUGAGCGCCCGGCACGCAGCAUGCAGACCCGCCACCGCAGCUACUCCCAGGACCGGCUCAGUGAUUCGAGGAGGCAGCAGCAGCGGUCGGGCGGCUGGCCGCACAGCGCCUCCCAGGACACUCUGAUGUUACUGCAGCAGUCGGGACCGGGACCCCAGGGAGAGCCCUACUGGUCUUAUGGAGACUGGGAGGGGGGUCCAGGUCGGGGCCCAACUGCCACUAACUACACCCGAACACGCUCGGAAAACCUGCUCGCCCAGUACGAUCGCCACGGACGCUCGUUAGAGAUGCUGGACCGACCAUUUGAGAGGCCCUCGUGGUCGCAGCAGGCUCCCCAGCCGCCCCCCAGGACUGACGCCCAGCCGAGGCAGGGGAGCCAUUACGGUGCAGCACAAGCUCCUCCGGUGUCGCAACACACACAGUCACAUUCAAAACACUCCCAGCCUCAGUCCCAGGCCCACUCCCAGGCCCUCUCCCAGCCUCAGUCCCAGGCCCACUCCCAGGCCCUCUCCCAGGCCCACUCCCAGCCUCAGUCCCAGGCCCACUCCCAGCCUCAGUCCCAGGCCCACUCCCAGCCUCAGUCCCAGGCCCACUCCCAGCCUCAGUCCCAGGCCCACUCCCAGCCUCAGUCCCAGGCCCACUCCCAGGCCCACUCCCAGCCUCAGUCCCAGGCCCACUCCCAGGCCCUCUCCCAGCCUCAGUCCCAGGCCCACUCCCAGCCUCAGUCCCAGGCCCACUCCCAGGCCCACUCCCAGGCCCACUCCCAGCCUCAGUCCCAGGCCCACUCCCAGGCCCACUCCCAGGCCCACUCCCAGGCCCACUCCCAGGCCCACUCCCAGCCUCAGUCCCAGGCCCACUCCCAGGCCCACUCCCAGCCUCAGUCCCAGCAGUCGGCCCCCCCGUGCAGGCGGCUCCCCCCUGGGCAGAGCAUGGACGACCAGCCGGUGGGCUACCGCAGCUACAGCCCCUCUUUUUACCGCAAGACGGGCCGCAUCCUGCAGCAGGCGCACUCUUUCAGGGACGCUUCGUACUCCGGCCCUCACAUGAACUGGAACCCAACGCCUAAAACCAGCCCCCCAGAGGGCGCAAUGGCAGCCCUCGCUGGCUCUGCCGCGUCCCCGCUCGCCGCCGCCACCGCCGCCGCCGCCACCCCCGAAUCCCAGGACAAAGCGUACAGGCCAACAAACCACGAGAGGGAACGAGGGGCCGCGGAGGGGCCGGCGGAGGCGGCGGCACAAACCCAGGAAGUGGUGCUGAGGCAGAAACCUCCCACCGGGCGGAGGAACGCCCACGGCAUGCGUCACCCUCACUACGCGCUGCCCGUGGACGGGCUGGAACCCUCUUUGUUUUCCCCCGAUCCCCAGGACGCGGCUCCGGCCCCCGGUUCCAGGGGAGACGGAGCGCCACGCAAACCAAACGGCAACCUGGGCCCCCUCCCCACCGAGGACGACUCCCUGGCCUCGAUCCCCUUCAUAGAUGAGCCGACCAGCCCAGGUGCUGAUUUGCACGCUCGCCAUGUGCCGGCGUCCUCCGUGGUAUCCAGCGGCAUGAACUCGGCGCCCGCCGUAGUCACCGGCCCCGCCUCCCCCACCUUCACCUUCCCCCUCACUAGGCUCUUCUCACAGGACUGCAGCAGUACUAAAUCCGGUCGCCGUUCCUCCUAUCUUCUAGCCAUCACCACCGAGCGCUCCAAGUCGUGUGACGAGGGGCUUAACACGUUCAGAGAGGAAGGCCGAGUCUUCUCGCGGCUACCAAAGAGAGUGAAGAGCUUCUUCACAGACGGGUCCCUGGACAACCUCGGCACAGCAGAAGAGGUUCGAUCUAAACGCCACUCCACCUCAGAGCUGGGAAACGUCACGUACAGCGACGUGCGACAAGAAGGAUGGCUGCACUUCAAACAAAUCCUCACGGAGAAGGGCAAGAAGGUGGGCAGCGGCAUGCGUCCCUGGAAGCGGGUCUUUUCGGUGCUUCGCUCCCAUUCGCUGUUCCUCUACAAGGACAAGAGGGAAGCGGUGCUCCGCGGGUCCACGAUCGGAGGUGCGGCCGAGGACGAGCAGCCAAUCAGCAUCCGGGGCUGCCUGGUGGACAUCGCGUACAGCGAGACCAAGCGGAAGCACGCCAUGCGGCUGACCACGCAGGACUUCUGUGAGUACCUGCUUCAGGCCGAGGACCGGGAGGACAUGCUGGAGUGGAUAAAGGUCAUCAGGGAGAACAGCAAGACGGACAGCGAGGAGCUCGGUUUAUCCAGACAGGCCCUCAUCAAUAAGAAACUGAAUGAUUACAGGAAGCAGAGUCCAACAGGAAGCAAGCCCGACUCCUCCCCCAGGAUGUCUCGCAUGAAGCCUCCCUUCCUGCAUGCCAAGGCGGAAAGCGCUGCGGGGUCGCCACGCUCUCCCAAAUCAGAGGGCAAAGACGAGAGCAGUCCGCCCAAGUCUCCGUGGGGAAUCAACAUCAUGAAGAAGACAAAGAAGGCCGGGCCUAAAGCUUUCGGCGUGCGGUUGGAGGAUUGUCAGCCGGGUGUGAUUAACAAGUUCAUCCCGUUGAUCGUGGAGAUCUGCUGCGGUCUGGUGGAGGACAUGGGUCUGGAGUACACGGGCAUCUACCGAGUCCCCGGCAACAACGCCAUGGUGUCGGCGCUCCAGGAUCAGCUCAACAAGGGAUGCGUGAUCAUCCCCACGGAGGAGAAGUGGCAAGACCUCAAUGUCGUCAGCAGUUUACUCAAAUCCUUCUUCAGGAAACUUCCAGAGCCGCUCUUCACCAACGACAAAUACAACGACUUCAUCGACGCCAACCGGAUGGAUAGUACAUCAGACCGACUGAAGACCAUGAAGAAACUGAUCCGAGACCUUCCAGAUUACUACUACCACACUCUGAAGUUCCUGGUUGUUCACCUGAAGACUGUCGCCGACACCUCAGAUAAAAACAAGAUGGAGCCCCGGAACCUGGCUCUGGUGUUUGGCCCGACUCUGGUUCGGACAUCUGAAGACAACAUGAAAGAUAUGGUCACGCACAUGCCCGACCGCUACAAGAUAGUAGAGACGCUCAUCCAUCAUUGCAACUGGUUUUUCGCUGAAGAGCAGGACAAGGAUGAGAAGACGCCGGUGGACACGGAGGACGUGCAGCCCGCCCCCAACAUCGACCACCUGCUGCCCAACAUCGGCAGGACGGCGCUGCUCGGGGAGGCCUCAGACUCAACCAACAGUGACUCAGCGAAAUCAAAGGGCUCUUGGGGGUCAAAGAAAGACCUCACACCCAAAGACUUCCUGACGCUGUCCAUCAUGUCGGCUGUUGCGGGCCGGAAGCGCAGGAAGCGGCAGAACGCCCGCCGCGUGGGCAGCAGCACCGACGACGACUCCGAGCACGAGCCGAUCAAAGCCGGACACUUAGGGCCGGAGGAGGAAGAGGAGGCGAUGUCGCCCGUGGGAGACGUCGCUCCUCGAGCAGAGGGAGAGGAGGAUGAAGACGAAGAGGAGGAAGAUGAGGAAGUUGUGGCAAGCGGAGCGAAAGAAGAGGUCGGAGAGGAGGCGGCGGUCAUUCCCUGUCGGCCGUGCUGUGAAGAGGAAGAGGAGGCGGGAGGAAGGCAGGCGGCCGCGUCGCUGCGCGAGGCGAAGGGGCCGCCGUGGAGAGCGCCGGACGACGCCCGCUCGAUCGUCUCCGGUUACUCCACCCUCUCCACGUUAGGCCGCAGCCUGGGCUCCGAGGGCCGGGGGGACGACGCCGACGACGAGAACAGCGAGCUGGUGAGCGAGACGGACAACGAGAGCGGCUUCGCGUCGCGCUCCCUCACCCAGGAGCGCCCGGACAAACACCCGGUGGCGCCCGCCGACGCGCCGCCGCCGGCCGCCUCGAGCAGCUUCCUCUACACGCACUACAAGCCGCCGGUUCUCUCCCCCACCAACCUGCUGGACCCGCCCACGGCGGACAGGAGUGAAGGAGGCGCGCGGUCCGCCACGCCGGCGUCCGGCUCCUUCUCCUCCUCCUCCGCGACGCACAGACUGCACUCGCGGCCGUCCUUCAACUCCCACAAGCUGAUCCAGUGCGACACUCUGGCCCGGAAGAAGCUGAAGGGCAAGGCGCGCUCUCUGGACCUGUUGGAGCUGCCCGGGGCUGCGGCCGACGGCGCCGGCGCCGCCGCCGGUUCCGGGUCGGACGGAGCGCCCCGAGCGAGGACCUCGAGGACCAACCCGUCCUCGGGCAGCAGCCAGGACAGCCUGCGCCUGGCCCGGCCCAAGCCCUCCCUGCCGCCCAGCGAGGCCGCCUCCUUCGCCCCGACCGGCCCCGGCGGCAGGUCUCUGGCGGAGCAGGUCCGCGCUCGUCUGCUGGGCUCGGCCGACGACCUGCGCCGGGUCGGGCUGCGGAAACCGCUGUCGCCGGAGACGCGGAGGAAGAGACGCGCCUGGCGCCGACACACCGUCGUGGCCUCGCCGACCGAGAUCUCUGACAAGAGGCCCGUGCUGACCGUCGGUGACUUCCCCCUGUCUCCCGUCACUCAGAACCAGGUCAAGACACCGGGGCUGCCUCGGGACGCAGACGGGCUCGAGCAAGGACUGGCGACACGUCAAGCACCCACCUCCAGAUUCCACCAGUAUCUGUGAGCCCAGCUGACCCCACGCUUCACUCCCAGAACACCAGGCCUCUGCACGGGGGUCCGGGCCGAGCCGCCGACUCCCUGCAGGUCAGUCGACCGGCAGCAGCGGGAACAGGGUCGGGGGUUAGAGUCCCAAUGACCAGGUUCUUUAAGAGCAGCCCACUCUUUUAUUUUUGAUGAGCUCCAUUUGCAUGGCAAGGGGUUUUCCAGUGUUGCCAAAUCUUUUUUAUCUUAUUUAAUUUUUUUAAACGUGUGCUUUUAUAGAAAUAAUACAGAACCGGGACAGAGACGUGAACCCUCCUUUGAGGAACAGCCGAGCGUCCUCCUCUGCCUUCCCGCUCACGGGCAGCAUAAGUUAAAGGGUCGAAUCCCGUCAAGCGACCAGAGACGGAUGCUGAAACGCAACGUCCCUCUGGUUGUCGUGGGGAUGGUGCGUCUUAUCAAAGUGGGUUUAACGGCCCCACACACACUUCUGACGACAAACCGUUAUUGGUCAGUUUUAAACUAUUUCAAGAGAGCGCCACUGAUUUUUCACAUCAGUCUUUGUCACGUGUUCCUCCUCAGACCAGAGACACUGUACUCCCUCAUUUAUACUCCAAGCAACCGUCGCCGUGGUUACCGACGCGGCGUACAGUCGUCUCUCUCUACCUGUUAAUAAUGUUUAUGUGUGUGUUUGCGCAACAAUAUUUGUGAUCAUGUCUGAGCGUGCAGGUGUUUGUGUUGAACAAUUUUGUAACAUUUGUACAAAGCCUUGUUAAGUUAACCUUGUAAAUAUAAAUAUUAUGUUAUCAUAUUUGUUUUUCCUUUUUUUUAUGGUUUACAAAAGUGCGUACAAGUGCACAAGUCAUUUUCGUUCAAGAUGUUACUUGAAAUGUUUCCCUUAAUAUAUAUAUAUUUUUUGUUUUAUAUUCAAUAUAUAUAUUAUAUAUAUUUUGUAUUAAAGUAACAAAAAAAAGUACUUUUAUUGUUAUUUCAUCCGGGUGUACCUGUUCACAGGAGACGAGGUCAACUGCUCCUCACGUCCUCGUCGACGGCCUUCCUCUCUGAUACUCAGCACUGUGCAGAAACACCUUUUACCUCAUGAGAUACACUCUUAUAAAUAAGUAUCUCUGGGGAUUGUACUUCCAACAAUGUUGCAUCAACAUGUACACAAACUAUCCAACAACUACAUGUAGCGAGGAGAGAAGACAUCUGGUCAUUAUUCUGUCGCGUCGGGCAGCUCCGUGAUGGAGGAACUCCUUUGUGUUGUUCUUCGUGUCUGACAGCGGAGCGACGCCUCUCCAGAUCUCUGCUCAUAUUUACUGAGCUCAAGACGAAGUGCGUCCCCGCUUGUAAAAGAGAAGCCGGGCGCUGUUUAACAGACUGUUAAACAUAUGAUGUAGCGGCAUACAAACGGAUGCAUUUUCAUUUUCUGUGGUAAUCUUUGUGUUUUCGUCACAUCCCCUCCGAGAGUUCACCCGUCUGCGUGUUCGUGACCUCGGGGUGACACGAGGAGGAGUUUCCAUAAGGUCAGGCGCUAAUAAAUCAUAACUGACUGGGGAAACCUCACAGUAGAGGAAACGAAUACGGAAUGAAUCUAUUGUUGUCAUCUCUCGCCAUCACAACAGAACACAAACAGGAGGUUGGACUUCCUCGGUCACAAGACUUCUUUCCAUCUGACCGAUUGAGACCCCGUGAAAAACGUAAUAAUAAUGAUAAUAAUAAUAAAUGAUAAGUUAUCGUCUUGUCUUACCUCAAGAUUCGUUUUACAAGUGCCUGAUUUCUGGAAUGUGUUUUUGUUCUGCGGUGCCAUGUUGGGUUCUUAUCUUUCCGUUUCCUUUUGUUGUUUCUGGGUCUCCGCCCCUUCUCUCCUGUGGUUGACGGUAUAACUAAGGCACUGACCCAAAGAUGUGCACAUUUAAUACAAGCAGUCGAACUGAAACAAUUUUUCGAAACGCACACUUUAAGCCAAGGACAUGUCUAUGCACUCUUUGCCUUCGACACAGGGCAUUAACAGCUGUUACCGAGCUGCUCAGAGGCAUAGUGCUCUCUCCACCGCCCCCUGCCUAGCGAUCCACAGUGCGUGAAUAUGGUACACCUAACGAGCCCUGCUCUCCGCCGGCAGUAGGUCACGUCAGACGACAUCUCUCACAGAUGAACUAACAGCCGAUGACGUCAUCAAAAACGGAAAACUCAGCAAUUUGGCGUCGAUGUCUGACAUUUUUUACCUUAUGUUUCAUUGUUGUAUUUUAAAGUCUUUUUGUACAUACUUUCUUAAUAUGUAACAUAUUGUAUUGUGUACAUUUGGAAUUGCAUUUUUUUUGGAGUAUAACUAAUAUGAAAAUGACUGGACUUGAAAGGUCGUCCACCCGAAACCAUUUCCCUCACGGAUGUGUGCUUUAAAGCAAGGUUAUAUGAUGUAAAUAAACAGAACUAUGUUUAAAACUCA